UUUUUUUUUUCGUUCUUCUUCUAUUCUACUCCUUCUUUCUUACUCUCUUCUGUAUAUCUCUAUUAUAACAACGAUUACGGAGUGGAAUGUAUAUAGUAUAAAAGGAGAGAUGUAUUCACAGCAACAACAUUCAAUUCAACCCUAUCAAGUGAUAGAUACAAAUAAUAUCAAUUAUACAGCACAGCCGCCUCCUCCUCCUCCUCCCCAUCAUCAUCAACAAUGUAACUAUUCACUUGUACCACCUGAACCUAUACCCAGCGCCACAGAUACUCAGCCAACAUCACCUUUAUCUAUUCCUGAAUUAGCAGAUUUUGCAUCUAGUAUGGUUUAUUUAAUGUGGCAUGCUAGAAGACCUUCUGUAAUGGCAUUACAUGAAAUAUCCAGAAUUUUCCAAGCCAUUCAUACAACAGAAGAUACAAAUUUAGAUCAUCAAAGAGAGACAGCGAAUAUAGCUAAUCGAACAAGUAGUUCAUUUAAAAAGUUUUGUAAGCAGGUUCUGUCAGCCACACAACUAUCAGAAUCAGUUAUACUAUUAUCAUUAAAAUAUAUUGCCAUGUUAUUACAGAAUAAUCCAAGUAUACAGGGAGCAGAAGGAUCUGAAUAUCGAUUAUUCACAGUAGCAUUAAUGUUAGCCAAUAAAUUCUUGGAUGAUAAUACAUUUACAAAUAAAACCUGGUCAGAAGUGAGCGGAAUGAAAGUAACAGAUUUAAAUAUCAUGGAAUUAGAAUUCCUGGAUGUAUUAGAAUUCAAAUUAUUUAUCCGUAAAGAUGAAUUUGAUAGAUGGAAAACGGCUCUUUUAUUAUUUAGAAGUCAACUUCAAAAUGCAGAUAAAAUUCAAAAACAAGAACAACAACAAAAGUUAAUAGAAGAAACAUUUAAAGGCAUUGUUCUUCCAAAUACUCAACAGCAGCAACAGCAACAGCAACAGCAACAGCAACAGCAACAACAGCAGCAGCAGCAGCAACAAUUUCAAUAUUUACUUAUGUUAUCUAAAGCUCAAUUACCUCAUUUCCCUACUCAACCAUUUACUCGUCCAUUAACUCGUGUUCCAUUACGUAUACCAGUUCAACCUGUUUGGAGAAAUCAUAAUGACACUAGUAACAAUCAUCAACAAAAUUCUUUUUAUUCAACAAAUACAACAGGAUAUAGUACUCAUGAUUAUUACAAACCAAUUUAUGAUAAUUACACUUUAAAUCAAUCACAAGGAAUUGUAUCUACUACUAAUCAUGAUACUCUUUAUCAACAACAUAUGAUAUAUGAUAAACAACCUAUUUCAACAAUGAAUACUCCAUCCACUCAUCGACUUUCAUAUUCCAAUGCAGCUUUAUAUACUUCUUCUACUGUCAAUCCAAUUCACACUACACCGUAUUAUAAAGUAACUUCUAUAAAUAACAUGGAACCUUAUUAUCAGCAGCAGCAGCAGCAGCAGCAGCAGCAACAACAACAACACACAUCGUUUUAUCAACAGCCUUCUUCUUCUACAAUCGAUUAUACUUCUUAUAAUAUGACUACUACUGGGUCGAAUGAUCUCUAUUCACGAGUACAACAACAAAUAGCUGCUUAUCAAUUGGUAAGUAAAUAAAUAAAUAAAUAA